AUGUCGAACUCGUCUCCUACAAGCCAAAAUUCGCAACAUAGCGCUUCAUCCAAUAUCCUAGUGCAGAAGCAGUGCCGCCAUUUGGAAGAGGCCAUUGUUUUGACCUCAAUGACUAACGACAAUCCAUGUCGGAGGUUCUACAAGUGUCCUUACCCAAAAGAGGUAGAUUGUCGUUUCUUUGAAUUGAUUGAUCCCUCAAUGCCUGAUUUCCAAAAGAAAUGUUUCAUCAAAUUGAAGUCUCAAAAAGAGGCUUUAGAAGAAAAGUUACGGGACAAGGUGGCCAUGGAAAAACAGCACAAUGACAGGUCGGGUGUGAAAGAAGUAAGCUCGACUUGGCUUGAGGAGCUUGAAAAUAAAGUCACAGUGCUUGAGGUAGAAGGUCACAAGAAUGCCGAAGUCAUGUUCAUUAGCUGA